UUACCACUCCACCUCAACAAGGCCGUUUUACGUAUGAUAUCAACUAAUUUCAAUUGCAACAUCUAAAAAUAUCAAUAUUCACUCACUUCAAUCAUGACAAAAAAGACCCAGGCAGAAGGUCGCAUUAAGAAAAAUGCAUUUGUGCAUAAAUUAUAUACUAUGCUUAAUGAUCCUAAAUUAAAUCAUUUAAUAUGGUGGACUCAACAUACUACUUUACCAGAAGGAAAUACCUUUGCAUUGUACCCAGGCAAAGAAUUUGCGGAUUGUCUCACUAGAUAUUUCAAACAUGGUAACGUUGCCAGUUUUGUGAGACAGUUGCAUAUGUAUGGAUUUCAUAAAGUUAGUGAUGGAAAUAAUAAUAGUACAACUACUGAUAAGGACGUGCCACCAGUAUGGGAAUUCAAACAUCUGAGUGGGAAAUUCAAACGUGGAGAUGAAAGCUCCUUGAUUUAUAUUAAAAGAAGAUCAAGUUCAAACACCGCACGAAAUAAUCAUAACAAUCACAAUCAUAACCAUCAUAUAUAUGCAGACGGACAAUAUCAUAAUCAAUACCAACAUCCACAUUUGAUUGCACAUCCGCAUGCUGAGUAUGCAAUCCCUUAUGAACAAUAUUAUCCACCACAACCACAACCAACAUACGCACAACCAUAUGUAUAUUUACAACAACCACAGCAACAAAUACAGCAACACCAAAUACAGCCAUUCCCUUAUCCACCGCAGCAACAGCAGCAGCAACCGCAACCACAACCACUCCCGCAACCUGAAUAUGCUAUACAGCCUAUGCACCAUGGAAUCCCUGCUCCAACUCCUAUACCCGUGGCAAUUCCACAACGGGAAAUAUACUUUGUUAAACAUGACCCACCCCUGUCGCUUGACUCUCCAGCCCUGAGCUAUACUCCCAAUUUACAAUUUAGGAAAAUAUGGGAUGAUAGCAGCAGUAAUUCAAGACCAAGGAAUGCAUCAUAUUUCGACCCCUUGGCACUGCCUGGUGCAGGAGGAGCAAUUGCUGUAGGAAGUGGUGGUGGAAAUUUCACCAUUCCAAGAAACAGCUCCGUCAACUCAAGCUAUUCAACUGAUUCAAAACAAUCAUAUUUGCCACCACCUUUGGCCACUGGAAUCAAUAGAUCAACAUCAUUAGUUAGCCCAUCUACCCCUGAUCCAGGAUCAGUUUUACCCAUGGCUGCCCCAACAAUCCAACAAAAUCAACAGCAACCACCACGAAGCAUCCCCAAUGAUUUUCAUCCAACUGCUACUAAGAAACCAUCAUUUUAUUCACAAACACGCCCAUCUUUGAGUGAUUACUCCACCACCAAGAGCCUUCCUUCAAUUGGUUCCAUUACUUCGAUAAACUCGAAUGCAUCGUCGGUAUUUUCAAAUAAAUCUUCGAUUUCCAGUGUCACGUCAUUACCUCCACCACCAUCCGCACCUACAAAUUCGUCACUCAAUAAAAUACUUACCCCUACACCCACCACUCGUCCCCCUUCAACCCCUUUACCUCAAGACAAUUAUUCAAACACUACAAAUGCCAACAAUAUUGUGCCGGUAUACCCUAGAGUAAGAAGCUUAUCACCACAAUCAAUGUUGACUAAAGAUAACGGGGAUUCUCCCAAACAGCAGAUGGGAGUUCCACAACCACAGAAACAUAGAUCAUUAACCAGCUCCCCCUUAUCGAAAGAAAAAAACAGUAAAGUAUCGGUCAAUUCAUUAUUGGAUGAUUCAAAAGUUUUGUAAGUAUACAAGUUGGCAAUACAUACACACACACACACACAUUACACAUUAUUAUAUAUAUAUUUUACAUGAUUUUAUGCUAGAUGUUUAAAUAAAGAACAGUUUGUAUUUUUAAAAUGGACGACCUGAUUUUUUAAUUUUAUGCUGUAGUAUACCACCCGUAGUUUUCUUUACUGAUCGUGCUCGAAGCUGAGAAAUUUCUUCAUCAUCGGAGUCGUCGUCGUUGUUGUCGGCUUGCUUCACCUCUUGUUUCACUCUCUCCACUUUUUUCCGCACUGUUUCACGCAGAGUAUUCCUCAUCUUGUUCAUUAAUGCCAUCAUGGGCUUGGAUGUAGGUUUCCUCAUCUCCUUCACCUGUUGCUGUUGUUUGGUACUCUUCAAAUCGGAACUUAAAAACUCACCAAUAGUACUACUGCUGCCAUUUUUGCUAGAUAGCCCAGCACCCUGGGAGAUAACAGGAAGAUUCAUAAAUGAAUCGUCAUCAUUGGUCUCUGGUGUUGGAUUUGUAGAUCGACAUGGUUGUAACCAUGAUAAUGCUCGUUUUUCGCUUUGGGAAAGAGCUAGUUGGAACUGAGCUUGGAGCGAUUGUUUCUGCUGUAUCUCUUUUCGUCUGUUCUUGGACAUUGUUACUAUAUGAUUAGGUGUAUUCUUGUGCUAUAUUCUAUACCCCAUCUCUUCUCUGGACUAAUC